AUGUCCAUCACCCAAACCCACCACCCACCACCCACCGUCCACCGCCCACCGCCCACAACACACCAUAACAAGGUGCCGCACACCUCACGCCCCCCACAACCAUCACAAUUACCAGAGAGGACUACCCAUUCCUGGUUCUUUCUCUAUCUGAUAUACGCUACUCGGAAGAAGGGGGUUUGCGCUGGACCAGUCGAUGUGGAGCUGGGCAGGAAUCGGGGAUUCGCCAUGCUCAAUAUCAAAAUCCAAGUCGACCUAAUUACCUUCCACCCGGACGCGGGGAUACCUGGCGCCACCGAACUCGCGUCCUUGCCUGCUUGCGCCGAACUCCUUCGGUUUUCCGCCUCUGCCUCAAUGCCAACGAACCGACCCCGACACACCCACUCGAUAUCUCAACCAUCGUUGACGACGUCGCCGCCGUCAUCAUCCCUCUUCUUCCCCAUCUACCCUGGCCAGGCUAGGUUCCUCGCCAAUCUUCCGGCCCCUCCCCCCCCUGAUCCAUGGCCCCUGAGCCGCGGCCCUUCCAUCAGCUCCAGUGCCCUGUCUUUCUCACUCCUCUCGUCCGUUUUCUGCUACUGUCUCGAACGUCUCGAACACACCCCCCAGGCGAUUGAUUACCCGCUUCGAAUCGUAGUCAUCACUGCCCCUUACAGAGUACGUAUAGUCAGCUCCUCCCGACAGAAGGGUGUUGCCGACAGCCAAAACCCCAACACCGUCCACACCCGCACCCGCACCCGCACCCCCGCCCGCUUCCGCUGCCAUAUCCGCACCCGCAUCCCCGGGGGUCUGUGCUGGACCUCUUUCUGCUUCAUCAAGUUUUGGUUCUUGCCGCUUGACAGCAUGAUCGUCGUCCAUCAUGACUCGACCAAAGGUUCCGGCAGACAAACGUAUAAGAACUGCCCGGGCCUGUGA